CUGUCAGGGCCCAUACCCGGAGCUCUGGGCAGCCUGUCGCGGCUCACACACAUAGUGGCCCAGGCGAAUGACCUGAGCGGCGAGAUACCGACCGAGUUGGGAAACCUGUCUUCCUUCGUGUGGAUGGGUCUCCACGACAACGACCUGACGGGCGAGAUACCUGCUGAGCUGGGCGGCCUCGCCAAGCUGCAGAGGCUGUACCUGACCAACAACGAGCUGUACGGGGAGGUACCGGAGGAGCUUGGGGACCUGUCGGCGCUGACCAACCUGUGGCUCAACCACAACUACCUGUCGGGGCAGAUUCCACAGUCGCUCGACAACCUGGAGAGGCUCAGCAGGCUGAGGCUGGCGGGCAACAGAGUGGAGACCGAUGACGGGACUUAUGGCUGGGGCGAGGCGUACACGCAGACAGACCGCGACACGGCGAUUACGGCCCACGUGGAACGCUUGGGACACUACCUGAUCGGGCGGAGUCCGUUCAACAUAAAGCACUUUUCGCAGGUGGCUUACGAUGACUUUGCGGCCAAGCGCGGGGCGAUGGACUUCUGGUCCGCCCUGAGCGCCAUCGAACAGGCGCUGUGGGACAUUGUGGGGAAGAGCCUGGGAGUGCCUGUGUUCGAUCUGCUGGGCGGAGCGUCCGCUGCAGACAGAGUCAGGGUCGAUGCCACGCUGGUCGGACGACACCGAAAGUCCCGAUGA